GGUAUCCACAUAAUUUCGAAAUUUUAGUCUUACACAAAAUUCCAAAAGACUAAAUAUCAAAUAUGGCGCAACGUGUUGUAAUCAUAACUGGAUGUUCCACUGGAAUCGGCUUAGACACUGCAGUUCUUCUCGCUAAGAAUGCGGACAAGAAAUUUAAAGUUUACGCUUGCAUGAGAAACCUUACUAAGAAGGAUGGGUUGGUUACAAAAGCCGGGGAUUGUGUCGAUAAAACACUGUUUAUCCUUGAGAUGGAUGUUAAGUCAGAAUGUUCAGUGAACGCAGCUGUCAAGCAUGUUCUGGAUACUGAUGGAAGAGUCGAUGUCUUAGUUAACAAUGCUGGAAUUGGUGCGUUUGGUGCCCUGGAGUACCAACAAAUGGAUAAAAUUAAGGAUGUUUUUGAGACGAAUGUUUACGGCGUGAUUCAUGCGAUACGUACGGUACUGCCGUCCAUGAAGAAGCGAAAGAGUGGGCAUAUUAUCACGGUCAGUUCCAUUGGUGGUCUCAUAGGUGUUCCUCUUAAUGCUGUUUACUGUUCGACGAAGUUCGCCGUUUACGGUUUGAGCGAAUCUCUUGCACCAGAACUUGCACAAUUUAACAUUCACGUUUCAUUGAUUGAGCCUGGUCCUGUGGCGACUGCGUUUGGUGGCACAGUACAGUCGAAAGGAAUAGACGGCUUAGAGAACGGCGACGACGAAACUAAAGGUCUUAUUAUGAAAGUGAUAGAAGCAUUUCAACAAAGCCGAAUUAAAGCUGGCCAAAGUGGAGAUGAUGUCGCAAAGUGUAUCCUUGAAGCAAUAGAAGACGAAAAGCCACAUCUUCACUACUUAACAAAUGAGGCUUACGAAGAAGUUAUGAAGAAGAAAUACGUUGAUAUAACUGGAGAUAACAUGAUUCAGGAAACCACCCAAAGAUUUUUUUCUUCAAAAAAGGAGUGAAACUGCGUCGUCUUCAGUUAUUUAGUUAUAACUAUACUACAUAUAAUUUAAAUUGGAAAAUUCGUUAAUUAUAAGUGCAGUAAAAUAAAGAUUUGAAGGAGUAAAUCAAGACCUUUCUGGUAAUUUCGAAACAACAUCACUGUAUUAAUUAAUGUUUUCCAUCAUGUUCUAAUGUCUCUUUGCCUGUGUUUAUAGAAGCGUAACAUAAUUCUUCAGAUUUUUUUCUUUUGUCCAACUGAACAGCGUUCGCUUUUAGUGUUUAAUCUCAAAUAGUACGAGUACUAUCAAUCCCUAAAUGUACGAGCAACAUGGAACAUUUAAUUUAUUAUUAGAAUAUUAAAACUUCGCAGCGCUUUAUUGCAAACUUUUAGGGCGUAAUUUUCAAUUUAAAGACGAUAGUUUCUUGCAAAAAUACAGUCCUGUCAGACUUUUAUUACUCGAGCUCGAGCUAAAGCGAGAGUUUUAAAUUCGGUUUUAAAUUAUUCUCCCACGCGGCCAUUUUGGGCAAUUGAAAUAAAUCGUCGUCGCAUGUGACAUAUUUGUGACCAUCUUACUGGCGUUCAGCCACUCAUUAAACUUCCUGUUUCUUUGCGCUAACUUCGACUACUUAACAU